UCGUGUCAAUAUCAGAAUAUCGAAAUGGGAGGGUUUAUGCGAAAUUUCUUACAAAACCAACCGAUUAUUUAUAUAUUUCUAACCAGACGAUCGGCUAUGUGUAUGUGAGAGUAAGAAGUGUUUCAUCCCCGUCGGCAUGGGUUGUUGUUUUAGUAAAACCAAAGACAGGAGAGACAAGUAUGUGGGAAAGACGGCGUCUUCUGCUAGCGUCACGCACGUAACCACAACGGGUUCUGCGGCUAGUGCCGCACAACCGUUCUCGUAUCUUGCCGGCACUUCAAACUUUGUUCCAAGUAACCAGCGAGCUUUACCAGGUAUCUUUACCUCGUCGGUGACCCGCCCGCAAGACGUACGCGGGGGUGGCAUCGCACAGGAGAGCGUAAGGUCGGGAGCUGGCAUCACGGUUUUCGUUGCACUGUACGAUUACGAGGCGAGAACAGAUGAAGAUCUGGGAUUCCAGAAAGGAGAUCACCUGGAAGUCCUUGAUGAUACACAGGGUGACUGGUGGUUAGCUAGGUCGAAAGCAAGUAAGAGAGAAGGAUAUAUUCCAUCCAACUACAUUGCCAAACUAAAAAGCAUUGAAGCUGAGUCAUGGUACUUUGGGAAGAUCAAGAGAGCAGAGGCAGAGAAGCGGCUAUUGAUGGCCCCAAACGAGCACAGAGCUUUUUUGAUAAGGGAUAGCGAAAGCAGGCACAACGAUUUCUCACUCUCAGUGAGAGAUGGCGAUACGGUCAAGCACUACCGAAUACGGCAGCUGGAUGAGGGCGGGUACUUCAUUGCGAGAAGAAUCACUUUUCCGGACCUGCAAGAACUAGUAGCUCACUACAAGUGUGAUGCAGAUGGCUUGUGUGUCACUCUCAGCAAGCCGUCAGCUAAGAUUGACAUCCCAGUUCCGCGGGGACUGUCGCACAAGACAGGGGAUCAGUGGGAGAUAGAUCGACGUUCCCUGAAGAUGGUGCGCAAGCUUGGCCAGGGGCAGUUUGGAGAGGUCUGGGAAGGCCUGUGGAACAACACAACUCCUGUAGCAAUCAAAACUCUCAAGCCAGGCACGAUGGAUCCGAAGGAUUUCCUAGCCGAGGCGCAAAUCAUGAAGAAGCUGUGGCAUCCGAAGCUGAUCCAGCUGUACGCCGUGUGCACGCUGGAGGAGCCGAUCUACAUCGUCGCAGAGCUGAUGAAGUAUGGCAGCCUCCUCGAGUACCUGCAGUCAACGAGAGGUCACACCAUGAAGCUGCCUGACCUGAUCGAAAUGUCCGCUCAGAUCGCGUCCGGGAUGGCCUUCGAAUCUCAGAAUUACAUCCACCGAGAUCUCGCUGCAGAAAACAUCCUCGUCGGCGACAAUAGCCUGGUGAAGAUAGCUGACUUCGGUCUGCUCGGCUUAUCAAGGUACGCGCGCGAGGAUGUGUACGAGGCCAGAGAAGGAGCGAGAUUCCCUAUCAAGUGGACAGCCCCGGAAGCUGCGGCUGCGAGCAAGUUCACGACAAAGUCUGAUGUCUGGUCAUUUGGAAUUCUGCUGACAGAACUAGUGACCUAUGGCCGAAUACCUUAUCCAGGUGCGCUACCAUACCACAUUCCGAUGUAACAUGCAUUUUAGUCGGUACUUUAAUGAGAGAACGAUCCAACUUU